UAGGACAUCACUACAAUCGGCUUUCUGUUUGAUAUCUUUCCGUGAAAUUACCGUUAGAUUUUAUCUCUACCGGUUCCGUGUGCGUGUCAUUACAUGCACUUCUUAAAUCAAUCGUUAACGGACACUCGGUGGCGGACAAAGCGGACCAAAAAACGGGGAGACAUUUGAACCCGGAGCUUUGGAGCGUGAGAACCGCUACAUGCUACGUGUACAGUAAUAACAACAUGGAGGCCAGAGCACUGGUUUUAAAAAACAUGGAUUCUUUUCUUAUUUUGACUUAAAUAAGCAAAUGUUUUCCAGCUGUAACGUGCCGGGGGGGUUUGGGUGGAGUUAGCAGAAAGUUAGAAUGGAAGACAAUGUGAAAAAAGAUGAAGCAUUAAUGUGAAAAACUACUUUUCCCUUUUUGAUUUUGAAGAGUUUUUUUUAUCUCGACGGAAAUCUGGGUUUUAAAAUGAUGUACUCAUCCAAAAGAAAGCCUGUCCUCUACUUCAAAGAGGAGAGGAGGUUCCUCUCCGGUAAAUGUACGGUCUACAAGCUGUUCGGGCUGUGCAUGGUGCUGCUGCUCGUCUCUCUGCUCUGGCUCCAGCUCAGCUGUUCGGGGGAAAUGUCCUCCCUGCUGCACGAGGAGCGCCGCCCCCCCCCACAGCCCCCCUGUCCCCCCACCAACAGGCAGGCAGACGACGACCCCUCGUGGGGUCCUCACAAGCUGGCCCUCAUCGUGCCUUUCAGGGAGCGCUUCGACGAGCUGCUGGUGUUCGUGCCCUUCAUGCACGACUUCCUGAACAAGAAGAAGAUCCGCCAUAAGAUCCUCGUCAUCAACCAGGUGGACCACUACAGGUUUAACCGAGCGUCCCUGAUCAACGUGGGCUUCCUGGAGAGCGGCAACGACACAGAUUACCUGGCGAUGCACGACGUCGACCUGCUGCCGCUGAACGAGGCUCUGGAUUACGGGUUCCCCUCCGAGGGGCCGUUCCACGUGGCGUCGCCCGAGCUGCACCCCCUGUAUCACUACAAAACAUACGUGGGGGGGAUCCUCAUGCUCACCAAGAAGCACUACCACAUGUGCAACGGGAUGUCGAACAGGUUCUGGGGUUGGGGACGAGAAGACGACGAGUUCUACAGAAGACUGAGGAAAGCAGAGUUACAGCUCUUCAGGCCGAGCGGCAUCACGACGGGAUAUAAAACAUUUCUCCACAUCCACGACUCGGCCUGGAGGAAAAGAGACCAGAAGAGAGUCGCCUCUCAGAAACAGGAGCAGUUUAAGGUGGAUCCGGAGGGGGGUCUGUCGAACCUGCGGUACGAGGUGGAGUCGAGGCGGGACCUGAGCAUCAGCGGCGCUCCGUGCACCGUCAUCAGCGUGCGCCUGCAAUGCGACACGGACCUGACGCCCUGGUGCCUCCUCACUUAGACACCCAUCCCGCGAUGACGCUCCGAUCGCAAAAGGAAACCACGACCUGGGAUACGAGAAACUUCUUUAUUAUUAUCAGGUACAUCUCAACGAUACAACUGCUGAUUUACAAAAACCUUCGGAUGGUUUUCAAACUUUUAAUUUAUGGACUUUUAGCAGGAGAAGCCUCAGCGCUCGGACACGGACUUUAGCAGGAGAAGCCUCAGCGCUCGGACACGGACUUUAGCAGGAGAAGCCUCAGUGCUCGGACACGGACUUUAGCAGGAGAAGCCUCAGCGCUCGGACUUUAGCAGGAGAAGCCUCAGCGCUCGGACUUUAGCAGGAGAAGCCUCAGCGCUCGGACACGGACUUUAGCAGGAGAAGCCUCAGCGCUCGGACUUUAGCAGGAGAAGCCUCAGCGCUCGGACUUUAGCAGGAGAAGCCUCAGCGCUCGGACUUUAGCAGGAGAAGCCUCAGCGCUCGGACACAGACUUUAGCAGGAGAAGCCUCAGCGCUCGGACACGGACUUUAGCAGGAGAAGCCUCAGCGCUCGGACUUUAGCAGGAGAAGCCUCAGCGCUCGGACUUUAGCAGGAGAAGCCUCAGCGCUCGGACUUUAGCAGGAGAAGCCUCAGCGCUCGGACUUUAGCAGGAGAAGCCUCAGCGCUCGGACACGGACUUUAGCAGGAGAAGCCUCAGCGCUCGGACUUUAGCAGGAGAAGCCUCAGCGCUCGGACUUUAGCAGGAGAAGCCUCAGCGCUCGGACUUUAGCAGGAGAAGCCUCAGCGCUCGGACUUUAGCAGGAGAAGCCUCAGCGCUCGGACUUUAGCAGGAGAAGCCUCAGCGCUCGGACACGGACUUUAGCAGGAGAAGCCUCAGCGCUCGGACUUUAGCAGGAGAAGCCUCAGCGCUCGGACACGGACUUUAGCAGGAGAAGCCUCAGCGCUCGGACUUUAGCAGGAGAAGCCUCAGUGCUCGGACACGGACUUCAGCACCAAGCCACGGCUGUAUUAUGUUAUUGUUUUGGGGAUCAUUGUUACAUUUCAAAACUAACAUCCAAAGUGUUUCAUGGUAUUUGUUUGCCUGCUGGUGAAAUGCAGAGGGAGGAAGCAGUAAGUAUGUUUAUUGUUCUUGUCCAUCUUAAACAAAACUCGCCAAAGAUAUAAAAAGAAAAUGUAUGAAAUCUGGAUUUUGCAUUCAAGCGAAAACCUCCCCAAAUGUUUGUUUUUUUUAGAAUCAAAGAAAUGUUUCAUCGUGUUUCAAGACUGCAGCAGAAAAGGAACGAGCAAAGAUUGUUGCUGCACGAAGCGGGAAUAGGAAGCGUAGAAAUAUUGAUUGAUUUGCAGAGAAACAUCUUUAUCAUCAGGUGCAUCUGUACGGUGGCCCACAGGUGCAAACCAAGCCCCCAGGAAGUGCGCCGGACUCUGAGGAAAAUAUUCGUUGUGUCCAAACGGCGGUACUACACCUUCCGUAUCAGUCCGUGACGUCACUGGACCAGAAAGACUUUCCCCCAUUGACUAACAUCGGGAAAGAGACGUCUGUAAAUCAGCGGAUACUUUUUUUUAAACUAAAUAAAGUACCCAGAAUGCACUCUGUGAUAGCCCUUAUUAGAAUCAUUCGGUCUUUAAAGUUGUAAAAUGCACUAAAAGCCAAAUCUAGAUUUAUUUUCUGUCUCCAUUCAUUCUAGUGAGCCGA